AUGACCAAUCCCCAUCCAGGAUCAGCCGACACGACGCGCACCCCUCGCUACCCGGCAGAUGGAACGGAGAAUUCGACCUCGGUGCGGACGGCACCCUUCGACGCGAGCACUAACGGAUUCACCCCUUCGACCACGGCCAGUAGCCUCGAGCCUUGGCAGGAUGCGUUCCCUUGGUCUCCCUUCGACAGAGGUGCCGCUUCAUCGCGUGCGUUCCGAGGAAGAGCCGGAACAGAAGUCAACUCCGAGUGGUCCCCAAGUUUUCCAAGCCUCGGCUCCCCCGCCCCAUCCCGGCCGCUUCAGCAGCCACGAGGAUCGUAUGCGUCUGCAGAUCUAGGAUCUGCACGCUCCCACGACUUUGCUUCGAGAGGUUCAUCUGCGCCAUCUUCUUGCUUGGCUGUAGACCAUCCUCCGUCCACAGCGCCUCCGCUAACGGCGCACUCGGUCUUCGACCCUUGGGCAUCGGAGACGUCAAAUGGUCCGAAUCACCUGUCCUCGGCGAGGACCGCUUUUGCUCCGAGGAUACAGGACGGGAAUGAAAGCAGGUACACAUCUCAGGUAGCAAGUCUUGCGUCAACUCCUCACGCCGACCCACCCCCACUGCCCAUUCGCUCAUCCUAUGCAUUCUCGAACUACCCACUUGGCGACCCGACCUUUUCGGCUCCCGCCGGCUCCCAGCCCUCAGCUUACGCAUCGUCCUUGGCCCCUUCCUCGAACGCAUCACUGCUCGCGCGUAACUCAGAUCUGCGACCCUCGUCAGCUCCCUGGAGCGUAGCAGGUGGGUCACCGUCGGCCCCUCCUCACGCCGCUGCCGGAAGUCAUAUGCCGCUACCGCCAAUUCCACCGGCCGACUGGUCGGCGCCUCUUUUGCUGCCAACUCAAGCGAUCCAAGGUGGGAGCACUCGAAGCCAAAGGCCACACGACCUGUCUCUGACUCGGGAAUCGUACGAGACCUCCCCGUAUGCUCCUUUCCCUCGCUCGUGGUACCGCGCGCGGUUGGGGACCUCGCCUGCGCACCUCGGAUCUGAUCGCUCGGGCGCUCGCGCGGCGUCUACGGCGAUGGUGACCAUAUCCGGACCACCACAGCUGCUUUCCUCGCGGUCGGGCGAGACUCGGCUGCGUUCGGGGCUGCCAGAUCGAAGCACCUGGGCCAUGUGGUGCGGCAAUAUUCCGUCUGAUGCGACCGAGGCCGAGUUGCUGGACUUUUUCGCCGUGCGUGGGGCGUCGGCCGCCACUGCUGCCGACCUCUACGGCGUGGAGAGCAUCCACCUCAUCGCCAGGUAAGACAUCGCUUUUCCUUCAGAGCGGGCAAAGAUUUUCCGCGCUGAUCUCCGCAUCUCCCGUAUACCUAGAUCAAACUGCGCUUUUGUGAACUACAGCUCCGAGUUUCUCAUGCAACAAGCCAUCACGCGUUCGAAUGGAAUCUCUCUGCGCCCCAACGACCGCCGAUGCAAGCCCCUCGUUUGUCGGCGAAGGAUGCGCGAGGACGAUGCCAAAUCCGGGGUGGGUGCACAACGAGGAGCCGGAUUGCACCUGUCGUACAUCGCUGCGCAAGCACUCGACUUGGGCAAAAAGGGAGUGCAGACGACGAACGACUCGCGCGCGUUAGACGAAGAAGCCGGCAACUCGUCGGGUGAUUCGACCGCGUCCACGACGUCGAGCUUCUUUUCAGAAUACUUCCCCAAGGUAUGUAGUCAGCUCGCUACCCAUUUCGCAUGACUGUACUGACCACGGUUUGAUGUGCCUCCCUCAGCGAUUCUUUGUGCUGAAAGCGAAAGAAAGCGAGCACCUGGAAGAAUCGAUCCGCUCCGGACUUUGGAGCACGCAAGGCCACAACGAGGAUGUGCUCGACCAGGCGUUCCGCACCUCGCUCGAGGGUGUCUUCUUGUUUUUCUCCGCCAAUCGAAGCGGCGGGUUCGCGGGCUACGCGCGCAUGAUCGGACCCAUCUUCAGCCCCCCUCGAGAUCGGGCGGGGAGCCGGCAUCCCAACCUCCACGUGGCCGAAGCGGACAAGGUCAUAAUUGUCGCCGAGGGAGGGACGCCUUUCCCCGUGCACUGGCUAUCGACGCGCCGCUUGCCCUUUACGCGCACCCGGUCGAUCCUCAAUUCGUUCAACAACAACAGGGAGGUCAAGAUCAGUCGGGACGGGACCGAGAUUGAACCGAACGCUGGGCUUGCGCUGCUGCGCUUGUGGGACUGA